AUGUAUGGUAACCACCGCAAGCCAAAAAGCCUUUUAGGCUUCAAAAUUUGCACAAAAAUGGGACCCAGGAUUGAUGGUGGUGACGAGAAGGUCAUUGGUGGUAGAUCAUAUCAUGUCUAUCAGCGACAUCGAGUUUGGGCUAUGGAAAAGAUGCUGGUAACGAUGCUCCUGAGGUGGUGGUGGCAGGGCAAAAUGGUUCUUGAUGAGCUAGAGAGUUUGCUCUUUAGUCGAUGGUGGGGUGGAAGCACCAAAUUGUAUGCUUUGGGUGAUUUUCGAGACCGUCGUUUGAGGGAAAGACGCAGUGGGAGCGAGAUUAGGUGCAUGGCUGUGGAGAAGGUCAGUACCGUCCCUAAAUAUUUUGGUGCACUGUCUCAGCCCGAAAAUCUAUUCCCUUCAUUAGGGGAUGGGAGGGAUAUCAGGGUGGAUGUACACAUGUCGAGAAGGAAGACCCACUUUGAAUAUCCAUUGCCAGCCAGAGUGCCAACAUUGAGGCCCUCCUCAAUGCGGACUAAAACCAAUGGUGCCGGAUGCAUCGAUUGUACUGUAUGUGCCAGUGUAGUCCUGAGACAGCAGUAUGAGGAACUUGUACAUGGUUAUAUAUUACCGGUUACCGCCUCCCAGUUCACUUCGAAAUUCAGGGUGACCUCCAUACUUUGUUUUCUAACACUUGUCACUAGACUUGAUGUUUCGCGUCAUCGCUACAAUUCCAUAGUCGUGGUUGGUGAACAUCCAGUGAUAUUGAUGACGCGAGAAUACGAGGCUGAAAUGCUGACUAGUACUGAAGCACUUUUUCAAACACGUCUCCCCCAACCACCCCCAACUAAUCAUAGGGCGCUUGAGCUAGUCCACACAUGA